AGGGAAGUCAUAGGAGCUGAUUUCCCUUUGUCAUUUUCUAUUUUCCUUGUUGUAGGGUUUUUAUUAUUAUUUUAUUAAUAUUGCUGAUAUACAUCUCCUUUUCACAAACAGAAAUCUGAUUCUCCCUCCUUAAAAAUAGGAGGAGUGCUGCCAGGACAUAAAGCUGAAUGUAACACAGACUCCAUUUUUCACUCACUUACACUGAGACUCAAAAGGCAAAAACAGACACAGCCGUGAAACAUGAAAGGAAACAGUGUUGUGCUGUUCUGUGUGUUGCCGCUGGUGCUGGGCCAGGAAAAAACCUUCAGCUGGGACGGACCAGGAAACACCCUUGCUCCCGAUCCCAUCAACCCGUGCCUGACUGACCAGAGCUCAUGUGGUUGUUGUCUGAUGCAGAAGAAAAAAUGGGAGUUAGAGCAAUAUUUAAACUCUAGUAUGAAUGUACUGGAUGAUUUGCUGGCCAGAGCACAAAACACAAUGAGAAACAUCAGAGACAGUCGAGUGGCAUUUUCUGUGGGUCUAACUGACAAGAGACGUUGCAUUGGUCCAUUGAGGUCAGCGACAAAUGUGGUCUAUCAAAGCAUCUUCAUCAACAUUGGAGAAGCCUAUAACUCAUCCACUGGUGUGUUCACGGUUCCACGGUCAGGCGUUUAUAACCUGGCAUUUACUGUGUUCAGCGAUGCGGGCUCACCAGGCGCAUCGCUGGCUGUCUGUGCCAGCAUCAGGAGGAAUGGUGUGGCUCUAGCUGCACUUCGGGAGAUUUAUGAUCAAGACCAGGAGGAUCAGGCCACUGGCGUCCUGCUUGUGCAGCUCAGCACAGGGGACCGCAUUACCAUCAGUCUCCAGGCUGGCUGCUGGAUCUGUGAUGAUCAGAAUCACUAUAACACAUUUAGUGGUUUUCUACUGUAUGCUACAGAGUGAAGCACACACACAUUAGAGAGGAGCUCUUAUAGAUGCAGUGGGUUUCACUCAAAGAUUAUGAAUUCUAAACCUAAAUGUCACACAAACCUGUCGACUUGCCUAGAUCUGAAGCAAAACUUGAUUUGAUAAAUGUAUAUGAAUUUUAAUUAGUGAAGACCUAUUAAAAUGAAGUUGCUUUUCAAGCAUAUGCUUUGUUUUUAAAUAUUUGACACUGAAACAUAUAAACAAACCUAGACACACACACACACACAUACAGAUUGUAUGAUAAUAGAAUGUUGCAAAAUGCACAGA